CGGCUGUGCUAGGGCAGGGCAGGCGCCCAGCCUUCCGGCGGCGGGUGGGGCUCCAGGCAGCCGCGUCGAAGUUCUGCGCGAAGUUAAUGAAAGCAGCCGGGCAACAGGCGCUCGAGAAUUAUCGCAGAGGCGAAAAAUUUACCGGACCCGCACAGACGCCGGCGCGAAGAUACCAACUGGACGGCCGGCCAGGCGCGGCGCGGCCGGGGGCUGGAUGCACCAAGGGCA